UCGCUUCUUCUCCGGUGAAGUCACUCUGUGCUGUGGAGAAGGAAAAGCAGAGGGAAAAAGUUUAGAGCUUGGUUUGUGUGAAUGUGUUGGCCUCAGACAUAACUUUCGCGCCGUGUUUAACCCGUUGUUGGUACCCUGGAGAAGAGAGUCGUCGUGGCUCAUUCGAAGAUCGAAGGAGUGCUGCUGCUGAUGAAAGGGGAACUGUAAAUUCCAGCCAAUUGCAGUUGCUGUGGUUGGGUUUUUUUUUGGUUUCAUCUCACCAAUACGCACACAAACAGCCGUGGUACUUGCCGUCUCGGUGCGAUCGGGGAGUUUUUUUUUUCUUAUUUUCGACUGCCUUGGGGGAAGAAGAAAUAUUUUCACCUGAAAGUUUCUGUCCGGAGGAGAAAACACCCGUAUGCAUGGUCGGAUCGGCUAGAUUGGAUCAGCAAAAUGGAUGGGACGAGGGCACAAAGUAGGGUUUUGGCCGAAGUCGACGUGUCCACUGCAUCCGGUUAAGGAUGCUGCGUCGAUCGCGAGUGUGCCUGAUAAAUCUUCUGCCAGGAAUCCUGGGAAAUGUAUUCUAGUUUAAUUGGUAACAGUGUUGACAACACAGUGCUGUGAAAAUAGAAAAAUUCUCAUCCAUAUCGGAAAGCCGACGUCGUCGUGUCCAGAGUGCCACAAAACAAAGUGCGAAGCGCCUCCAAAGAAAAGGAGAGUGUUGCGAGGUGUAGAGAAUUUGAAUUAUGAUCUUGGCAUCCGCAAACGUCCAGCGUCAGCGCAAGAUAUUACGCUAUACUUUCCGCCCCGUCGAAAUGCAAAUGGGCUGAAUGAAAGAAGGUGGUAAAUGUGUAUUUUUUCUUCUUUCUGUGUUUAUUUCCUCCACUCGAUCAGCGAUAUUUAUUACUCUGGCUGUUGUUGGUGCAAUAAAAAGCCUAAGCUAAUUUUGUGUUGUGCGACCGAAGGAAAGUGAAAGAAGAGAAAGAAAGGUGUAACCUCUGUUAUGCGCGCACGAGAACGAUCCAUUCGAUACGGUCUGGGGCAGAGAUUUUUGCUGCCAUUAGUGUAAAAGUGAAACUGACUUCAGCCCUCAAAAGGAAUUUCGGUUUGAUUCCAAAAGGGAUUAGACGAAGAACCUCACAAGGAUCGACGACCGCCAAGAUCGAGACAAACAAGUUCUUGAAGUAAAAGAGAACUAAGAAAAAAUACGACAAAAAACAUCAACCUCCCAGAAUCCGGAUUUUCCACUUUUGAGCCACAGCCGAAAGACAUGCACCUUUAAAUCACCAACCAAUAACAGGAUCCAAGCCUUGUUCGAAAUUGCUUUUCCGUUCCAAAUGAAAUCUUCGGAAGAUGAUCAUCCGGCAGCAUCCUGGCAGAGUAACAGUAGGAAACAAAGAAACUUCUUCAGCGAAAAAAGCACCCGGCUGAGCCAUCGCCAAGUUGUCUGCAUCAAUUAUUGCCGCCAUCACUGAUUACCGUCAUCAACGACGCGUCGGCGAAGCGUAGCCACACGCUAACUACUAAGAAGUAAAACACAAAAAUUGCCAUCAAACCAAAAAAAAACAACACGUAAAGAAAAAAUAAAAUUAAAGAAAACAAGAUUAAAAUCACUGCUCUAAGACACAAUAAGACAAAUUAACGCGACGAUUAAAGUGUGAAAUUGUUUCACAAUUGAGAUUUCGCGCUCAAGUCGAAACGAAACGAGUCAAAAGGAAGUUCCUCGUCGUUGAAUGAAAGUAAAAUCAGCCUUAAAACAAAAGAGAAGGAAGGAAUUUUGCAAUCUUUCGAACACACAUACUCUUUAAGUCAAACAACAAGAAACAUAUAAAUAGAAAAUGUCAUCCAAACAGUUUCGCCUGGCCAUGCUCAUUCAUCGGGCGUACGUUUGCAGCUUGAUGGGUUUGCUCGUUACGGCGCAUUUCGCGGCUGCAAUUUGCUCGGAUGCAAACGCGGAUUGCGAAAACGACACAAGCGCAAGCAAAUCGAAACGAUCGGCCUUGCCCAUACUGAACAAUGUCGAGGGGCGCGGCAAAGAUUUUCUGAUUUUCGACAAUCACAAUGAGGUAGAUCAGGAUGUGAAACCUUCUGCCGCAUUGGUGAAGCAGCGAAGUGGGAAAGAUCUACUGGAUGAUUCCUUCCAGUACAAUAAGAACGUGGCGAUGAACUUGACUGGAAAGUCGCCAAAUACCCCGCCUUUUAUAAUGGCCAAUAAUCUGCACAACGGGCGGCAGAAUUCGAAUCCGGAUAUUCAGGAUAUUAUAACUGGGAUUGUGAAGUUGCUGAAUGGUAAUGUGAAUGUUCAUGCCAAUACUCAGCCUACGAGGAGAUAUUCGGCUACUCGAAUCAAUAAUCGAGGGCCUCCCCGCAUUUCGGAUGCCAAUCCUGCGCCAAAUGAUUUCGAAAAUGAACAAACUACUUCAUCAAGACCGCCUUACAAUUUCGAAAGACCUGAAACUCCAGUGAGGCCUUUCAUAACAGGGGUUCCUAUUCCGGAGCAGAUCGUUCCUUCGAUGCAACAGACCUUUAGGCCAGGAUUUGUAUCGCAAAACAGGCCUCCAUGGCAGAGACCUAAGCCUCGACCUCCUAUUUCACCCAAUCGACGCCCGAUGCCUCCUUACAAACCUUAUCCCACGAAUGUGGAAUACGGAAAGCCAGAAAGCGAUCCUGCCAACCACCCCGUUACGACGAAUGACAACAUUCUUCAGAGUGAAACUACAACCACAACUACGGAGAAGUACCAGGAAGAGUCCGAUACGAAAACAACAACCGAAACCGACAAUCACGAGAUCAUUACCGAAAUUCCGAUCAGCGAAAACAAGGAAGUGACGAAACCUCCACGAAAAAGUGAAAAGCCAAGAAAACCUGCGCCCGAGGUCAAAUACACCAUCGAUACUCCAACGAGCAGCUCCGAAACUCCGAUCGAAAUCAGUACGACCACAUCCUCGGAACAGUUCCAAACCGAAGUUCCCAGCGUCUACGAAAUCAACUCAAUCGAGUACUUGCCCUCGGAUUCUGGUUCAACGGCCAGCUACUCGCUGGAACCAUCAAUAAGUGGAGAAUCUUUCAUCACCACCAAGGAACUGAUAACUCCUACCAAAACCAUGACUUCAACCACAUCUUCAUCAACUUCCUCAACAACCACCACCUCGACUGUGAUCAGUUCUUCAUCAACGACAACAACCAUGGCACCAAACCACAAACCAGAACAAAUCACCACAACACCAUCGUCCUCUUCCUCAACCCCUACACCGGCACUAACCAAAACCACCACCGACUACCGGUUCCAUCCACGUCCGGGUCUUGUUCUAGACGACCCCGAUUUUAAACCCGGUGGCAACAAGAAUCCCAUCCGAACCCAGAACCCCUACAUGCAGGCACCAGACAUCCAGACUCGGCCCCAGCUCCCGCCAAACUACGGCGAAAUCUUCGACGUCACCCUCUCGGCCAUCCAGGGUCCGGCAGGUUCCGGAUCCCAGCAAACCGUCAAAAUCAACCCCUACUACAACCGACCCCCGCAAAAUCAACCCAACGAUCCAGACGAUGCCAGCAUCAUCCUGACGGCCAACGGCAACGACGGCUUCGUCUCGAUCGACGGCAAACGGUCCUACAUCGAUCUGUUCGGUGAAUCAAAAACCACAACCCAACAACCGCCCGUUCAAAUCAUCCCGACCACAACAACCACCGAACCCCUCACCCGGCCAACGAAACAAACCCUGCAACCCGGAGUAACCGGAAUCGGUCAAGCCGUAGCCGAAACGGAACCUCCACCGAAAACGAACAACCCUAGCAACAAACAAAACUCCCCGAUGCAACAUCGACCUCAACAACACCGUCCCAAAUACCCCCUGCCUCCGGUUCGAAUCGAUACCUGCAUCGUUGGGGACGACUCGACCUGUGAUCAGGCCCAAAAUGAGCGUUGCAAAACGGAAAAUGGCGUAUCCAGCUGUCACUGUCGACCGGGCUAUGCCCGUCGUAAGCAUCGGGAACCCUGUCGAAGGAUCGUAUCCCUGAUGCUAUCGAUGCGGGUUGACAAGAUCUACGAGCGGCGAAUUGUGUGGGACAGUGUGCUGGCCAACCGGGACAGUGAGAAGUUCCAGCAGCUCAGCUAUGAGGCGGUGCGAGCGAUGGACUCGGCGAUGUCGAUGACACCAUUUUCGGACGAAUUUAUGGACGCACGGGUGAAUUCCGUCUACACGACCAAUCCGGCGGCCAGCGGUAUUAAAGGGGUUUUCGUGAACUACACGAUAAGUUUGGACGAAAAUGCGGAAACGCUGAGGCCUCAACUGAAGUCGGACAUCCAGCGCCACCUGUUGGGAGUUUUGCACCGGAGGAACAACAACAUCGGUAACUCGGCGCUUUAUGUGGACAGUCCAACUGGGGCGGUCUCCAGUGUUCAGGAUGUAGACGAAUGUACCUCGGAGGAGCUGAACGAUUGCGAUGAGGAGGCCAGCUGCUCUAAUCUGUUUGGAACGUUCCGAUGCGAGUGUAACUUUGGGUAUCGGGACCCAUGGGCAGAUCAACCUCAAAGGGCUGGAAGAGAGUGUCUUUCCUGUCCGGAUUCGUACUGUAACAAUCGAGGCAGCUGUAUGUUCGAUAACGCUAAUAACAAGCAGGUCUGCAAGUGCGUCGGCAGCUAUUACGGAGCCCAGUGCGAGAUUGACGGUGAAGUUUUGGGCGUGGCCGUAGGAGCUUCCGUGGCCGCUGUCGUGAUCAUAGUUUUGACGUUGAUCUGUUUGAUCAUGUGGAGCCGCAAAUGGCAGCGUGAGCACAAAAACGCCAUGGGAAGUCCCGUUUUCGGUUACAUGGGUGGUGCUCAAGUCAAAACUCCGGUCAUGGGUCAAGCACCGUACCAGGUCACCCUGGAAGAUCGGAUGCGUUGGGCCCAGAUUGCUGAUGUGAUGGCCCAGGCCAAUCAUUACGCGGCAGAACCAAUAGCCCCUCCCCGGCCAGCGUCAGCCAUGUUUGGAUAUCCCGGCCGGCAGAUGGGAACGCUAAGCACCCUGAGCAUGCACGGAACAUUGCCCCCGAUGCAUGCCGGCACGUUGCCACCGGUUCCGUUACCCAGAUUUCCUAUCCUCGACAGGUCCCUUGGCAUCGGACGUAACGGCAUGCGGACCCUGGAGAAUUCGAGCUCCAGCGAAGAGGAGGACCGAGCAGAUCUGCUCGGGCGGAACUUUAACGUGCCGCGACCGAAAAGUCGAAGCAACGCCAGCGUAACGUCCGGAAUCUACUACGACGUGGAUUACGCUCCGACGGGCGCCGAUCAGAUGUACGGCAUUAGCAGCAGCCUGGUUGGACCGGCCGGAACCGGAAGCGGAGGACCUGCACCGUCGAUACCGGCUUCCAAGGGUCAACCCAGCAUACCAAUGAGCACCUACACUUCGUCCAGCACCCGGCCAGUACAGACGACCUACUACAAAUAGGGUGGCGCCCAAACUGGGCCUCCGUCUAAUCCAGCAACAACUAUACUCAAGACUGUGUCCUUCUGAAAUCGUUUACUUUUCUUAAAAUUAUUCGGAGUCUCUCAUCCCAGUGGCGUUAGAAAAGUUUCUCCAGGAAGCUUGAAAUCAUAUAAUCUCUUAGCUCCUCUAGUUAGAGGAGAUCGAUUUCUUAGUCGAUAAAAACUGUUUAAGAGAGACAAUAAAAGCACAUUGAUUGAUGUGCUAAAAGUUUUUUUCUUUAAGAAUUAGAAGAAAAAAUACAAACAUAUUGAAAAGCUUAAUUUGGAUGUCUUAAGUUAAAAAGUCAUACGGAAAACAAAAGCUAUUAGGUCGUUAGUUUAGUUGAUUGUGUUUGUGAACAAAUCAAACAAAAUGUGUUCUGUUAAAUAAAAACAUAAUCGUACGCUGUACAAUGUAGAAAAAUUGAAAAUCAAACAAAUAAACAAAAAAUCGAAUUCUGACAAAACAGCGCUAAUGGACUCAACUGUAUAAGUGAUAGUUAGUGUAAUAUGAUGCCUACUUCUACUUUGGUCUGUAAGCUUAAUAGAAUCAUGCUCAAGCAAGCAAAUGAUUAUGAUAUUGAUGCAAGUAUUAAUAAUAGUAAUAAAUGGUUAAGU